UGGUUUGUUCUAACAGGGACUCCUGACAAGUGAAAUGAACCAGUUGUCCUAUUCAACCAAUAGCCACAGCUGCUUUGUACUACGAUAAUUGAACCAUACACAUUGCUUAUCUCUAAAAAAGUCAUUGGAUGUUCACUAGGCUGGAUCUUAUUUUCAUCCCCUCUUUCCUCAGAGCCUGACACAUAGGUACGCUUCCUCCAAACAUUGUUGUGUGUGUUGCAUUUGUGAUAGUUGUACACAUUUUGGUCAGUAUCAUGUAUGAAUUACAGUUUGUGUACUGAGUUGUUUUUGGAGUCGUAUUUUGUUGGACGGAGAACAUGAUGCUCCUCUCCAUUGUCCAAACUGAUUAUGGGAGUAAACAAAUCGUAAUGAUUUGCUUGAUUGAAUUUAAGCAAUUUACCUUGUUUGACAAGAACAUAAUGAGCUUUUCUUUGUGUGUGUGAGUGGUUUUAUUCAGUUGAUUACAUACUCUUUUUGCGUAACAGAUGACCCUGACUACUGGCUUAUUUCACAAUCAGUGCAGACAUUAUUCAUAUGUUUGUAUUUGCAGGUGCUUGUUUUUUAACCAUUGAGGACUCUUUUUUCUUUGUUGCCCCAACUGACUUAAUAAUAUAGUGGAUCAUUCCUGACACGAUAAAAUAUAUUAGCUUUCUUUUUUUAAUACACUGUAUUCACUCUCACCUGGGUGCAUGAUUUGACCACCACAAAAAAAAGAAAAAGAAAAGAUUUGCAGUAUAAAUCCCUGCUUAACCUACUUUGUGUUUCAUAGUGUGAAUCGUGAAUGGCUGUAGCAUACAGUGCAUUACUUGUGCGAGUGUGAGGUGGGAGAAUAUAAUUGUGUAGUUGUGGAUUAGAAGCGAGAGUGAAAAUGAUUCAUAGGGGAAAGUGGGAAAGGCAUGAGAGAGGGUGCAAGAAGUGGGGAGCUAAAAGGAUCGUGCUGAGAUGGCUGAUUGCUCUCUGGGGAGUCCGAUGGGAGGGAAACUGAGAGGAGAAUUCAGGCAGAUGGGAUAGGGUGGAUGUUUUCAGACAUGUAGUCCCUUAUGAGUGCGGCUGCUUUGUUUCCUUUGUGAAGUUGUCAGGGCAAAUGGAAUUAAACACACACACACAUACACACACACACAAACACACACACACACACACACACAUAUAUAUCGACUCACACAAAAUACACUUUAACUAAUUGGAUGAAGCUCAUGCCUGCAUUUGUUCAUAUUCAUUUUCAGUUCUACAAUAUAUAAUAUAAUAUUUCUACUUUGGGUUUCAGUACAGUCCUAUCAGUCUGUUUCUAUUUCUCCAGAAUAGAAAUAUUCUUGUAUUGAUUUUUAGUUCAGUUUUCUAAACAUGAAUAACAUUACCUUAAUUGGACUGAUUAUGCAAGAUGCUUAUUACACAUUAGCAACAUGCAUUUAUAGAUGAAAGAUAUAAAACAUAUUGAUAGAGGGAACCAAUUACUAGGCAACCAAGUCCUUGUCAGUAAUGCUUGCUUAUUUUGCAAAUAGCUUUCAAUUUAGAUAAGCUUUAUUGGCAUGGAUUAUAAUGUUGCAUUAUUGAUAUGAUUUGAUGUGAAUUAUUACAUUUUACACAAGAAAACCAAAGAGAUAAUUAUGACUCAAUUUUACUGUCUUUCCUGACAUAAAAAGAGGAACAGAAAUUAUUUAGUCUGUAAAUGUAAUAUGUAUCAGCUUGAGAAAGAGGUAGAUUAAAAAGAGAGAGAAGAGUGUUGACUUCUCUCUAAGGAAUUAAAUUAUUUGUAUUUCUAUAACGUUCAUAUCAUUGCUUUUUUGUUGUCUCAAUUUAUAGAUUGGCAGAAUUGUUCAGUGUGGGCAGUUUGAAAUAUUAUUCCUAAUCUAGCCAAAAGAUAAUGUGCACUGACAUAUUAUCAAUUUGCUUAAUCAUCUAACAAGAAGAAAUAGCUGCAGUGUAAAUGUGUGUGUGUGUGUGUGUGUGUGUGUGUGUGUGUGUGUGUGUGUGUGUGUGUGUGUGUGUGUGUGUGUGUGUGUGUGUGUGUGUGUGUGUGUGUGUGUGUGUGUGUGUGUCUGAGAGCAGGGUGGUUCAGGCAGAUGUGUUUUAGCUAAUACAGCCUGAGAGCAGCUGGGCAGGGCAGGGCUGAUAGACCCAAUGACAUCAUCCAAAGAGAGAGAGAGAGAGAUACUGGGAGCGUACGAGCGAGCUUGCCUAAGGCAGUGAAAGGAAGCAGGCCAGCUCAGAUAGAGAAGAGAGCGGCAUGAGAGUGGGACAGUGUGUGUGUGUGUGUGUGUGUGUGAACGGGAGAGGACCAGACAGCAUUCACUUGACUUUGACAGGAAUAUAGGACUCCGCCUAGAAGAUUUUCUCUCCAGUUUUUGCCCCCUCUUCCAUUAUACCUCUCCCCCUCCCCCUUCCCCCUUUCCCCUUUCCCCCCUCAUCCUCUGGCAGUUAUCCCCCUGCUCCUGCUUCAGGCGGCUUCUCCGGGCAUGCUCCUUAAGCCAAAGUAUGGCCGCUUUCGCAACGAGUCUGUGACCUCCUCUGACGACCUGAUGCAGAGCUUAGCCAUGAGUGGCAAAGUUGUGGCCACACCGGUGGGCCCCUCCUCCACCCCGAGCCUUCCUCUGCCUCCCCUGCCUCCUCUGGAUCCCAGCGCCAGGUCCUCCUCCUCUGCUGGGGCUACAGCCCUGGCCGACUCCCCUUGUCUGGAUGGAGAACAGGAUGCCACCACAACCUUCUGCAUGCUUAUUCCUAAGAUGCCCCAGUGGAAGUUUUCCAACUCUCUGCUCAGCCGGAGCCCAUCCAACUCCAGCUCCAGCUCUAGCUCUAGCAAGGACUCGGGCAAGGCAGCAGCAGCAGCAGCUGCUUCCCACUCCUCCUCUUCAUCAUCAAACAUGCCCAGUGGUGUGAUCUCAGCCAGUGGCCCAGUAGCCAGUCUAGCUGCGGUGCUUAACUCCUGUGACCCUGUGUGUGUCACCCCCUGUUCCUUACAGGCCAUUCGUGGGCAGAGAGCAGUAGCAGUGGCAAACUCUGCCAGUCCAGGGGGGCAUGGAUUUGGGGCCACGGAGGCAAUGGCGAGCCUUGGCAGUUCCAGCAGUUCCAGAUCAGGAAUGAACCGCAGGGCAAGGGUGGAAGGCAUGUGGCUGGGAGGAGAGGACUUCAACCAGAAGGGCAGCUUUAUCCACAAACCCUCCCAAGGCUGGUUGCACCCUGACAAGAAGAUUGCAGGACCAGGGGCCUCUUAUAUCGUCAGGUACAUGGGCUGCAUUGAAGUACUGAAGUCAAUGCGUUCCCUGGACUUCAACACACGGACCCAGGUGACGAGGGAAGCUAUCAACAGGCUCUGUGAAGCUGUGCCAGGUGGAAAGGGGGCUUGGAGGAAGAAGGCGCAGAACAAAGCUCUCCAGUCCGUCAUGGGGAAGAGUAACCUGCGCUUCGCAGGCAUGAGCAUUGCAGUCCAUAUUUCCACAGACGGCCUCUGUCUGCUCAUCCCUACUACACGACAGGUGAUAGCGCAACAUCCCAUGCAGUCCAUCUCAUUUGCCUCAGGGGGAGACACAGACACGCCUGAUUAUGUUGCAUACGUGGCCAAAGACCCGGUGAAUCAGAGAGCAUGCCACAUCCUUGAGUGCUCAGAUGGUUUAGCCCAGGGUGUCAUCAGUACCAUUGGCCAGGCUUUCGAGCUGCAGUUCAAACAGUACCUUCACAGUCCUCCUAAAACCAUGGCGUCUAUGGAGAGGUCUGUUAGGACAGAGGAGCCCAUGUGGGGUGAGGAUGAUGACUUCUCUGAGCAUGAUUACUACAACAGCAUCCCAGGGAAGGAGCCUCCUGUUGGGGGAGUGGUGGACUCGCGGCUCAGACCCAGUGGAGCCCUCCUCGGUCACAUCCACACUCAGCCACAGAGCAAGAUGGCAGCACAGGUUUUGCAGAUGGGCUCACCGGCUAGAAGGGAGCAGUCAUCUUACCCUCCUGGUCAGCUCUGCUAUGAACUUCACUGGGACACAGAGACAAACAGCUCAGGUGUGACAUCAGAUGGUUACCUGUGUGCUGAUGGCCAGCCACCAAGAGACUAUGAGGAGCACCAGUAUGUCAACACCCAGAGUUUGGAAAACCUGGAUUCACUGGCACAGGGGCCCGAUGGAUACAGAGGGUCCAGGCCACCCGACAGUCCCAAGAAAGACCUGUUUGACAUGAGGCCCUUUGAGGAUGCCUUGAAGCUCCACGAGGCCAGUAGCGUAGCUGUUGGUUCUGGUAUAUCCACUGCUGCUGGAGGUUGCAGGGCUCAGGCUGGAGGUGGAGGUGUGCAGGUCCUAGAAGACCAGUGGCCCAGCCCUCCACGCCGUCGAGCCCCUGUGGCCCCAAAUGAGGAGCAGCUCCGCAGGGAGACCUGGUACCACAGCCGCAUGAGCCGACGAGAUGCAGAGAAACUCCUGGUCCGAGAUGGAGAUUUUCUCGUCCGGGAGAGCACGACCAACCCAGGACAGUAUGUGCUAACUGGCAUGCACUGUGGCCUGCCCAAACACCUACUGCUAGUGGACCCUGAGGGAGUGGUCCGGACCAAAGACAUGUUAUUUGAGAGCAUUAGCCACCUAAUCUCAUAUCACCUGAAGAAUGAGCUGCCUAUUGUUGCAGCAGAGAGUGAGCUCCAUCUUAAACAGUUGGUGAGGAGAAAACAAUGAGCCCUCUGGCCCUGCAUGGGAUGUGUUGAAUUAUUCAUUACCCAUGGAAACCACAGAAAAAAAAACUGUAUUUGGAAAUCAUUUCUCCUGGAUGGAUACUGUCUGCAACAAAGGAUAUCACUGAUAUUUUCUUUCCAUUGACAAGUCUAACAAGGAGAGUGAGACAUCUUCUUGUACUUUGCUGCCUUUUGGCUAGCAAGAUCAACCAAACUGUCAUAAACACAGCAUGCUGCUCUAAAGCUAACAAAUCAACCAGAAUCCAGUUUGACUCAUCCCAGAGCUGGAAAAUUGUCCACCAAAAAUAUCAGAAAUUAAAGAGAGGACUGUUUGGAGAGGACCCGACUUCAGUAAAUCGCUCAGAGAUUUGAUGCACAGCGACAAAAUGUCCUACAAUGCCGUAAUGUAAUGUGCUUCCAGUCUACCAAGGCUUGCUUUACCAGUCAGUCACAGAGCGGUGAACCUGCUCCACUGUCGUCCACUGAACAUAUAAAUGCACAUCGCCAGAACAAAACUGUCACUGAUUAUCUGGUAUACAGUAUAACACAUAGCAGCUGUCAGGUUCCAUAUUCAGUGGUUUAUAUCAGUAGAAAUGCAAGAAGUGACAUUACUGUGACAACUGAAGAAAUGUAUGUUUCACUGGGAUGUAAAGACUGUUUCAUGUUCACAGGUCUGCAGUACCUGACACUGAGAUGGCACAAUGGAUACACACUAAGCAUGAUUCAGUGCUGGAUUUAUACGAUUCAACCUAAACUACAAAAUCCACUAUUUUUAUUUCUCCAUGAUAACCAAAGCACCAAAAUCCCACUUUUUGUUACGGAUGCUUUAUAAAGUUGUGUUGAAAACAUAAACCUAUUAUUACACUACUUGUUAGGUAUGACUUGUCCCAUUCUCUACAAUGCAGUCAUAUUAUAUCUAGACAGCCACAUGGACACACAGACCAUUGUCUUGAAAGUGGGAAUUUUCAUCACAUUUACCAAAAACUAUCAGUCCUUUGUGUUGUGAUUGUACGGAGUGACUUACUGUAUGUGUUGUAUAAACCUGUGAACAAUAUUCAGAUGAAUACUCAAAUGAAUACUACAUCAUGGGUUAAAAACAAAAACUCUGCAUACAAACUCAGUAUAUCCAUGCCUGUAUUUCCCCCAUCCCAUCCAACUUCAGUGCCUUAAUAACUACAGAGACAGGCAAUUGUGUCAGAGUGUAUAAUGUGCAUUUAUGUAUGCUCCUAUUGCAAAAGAAGAGUUUUUCUUGCAAUGCCAAUGAAUGAAUGAACAAACAAACAUCAGGAUGAUUAAGCUCUUAUACUUGUGAACAGUAAUGUAAGCUGCUCUUGUUUUGCAGUGAAUGUUUAACACUGUCAUGUCGUGAUUGUCAUUGUCUGUAUGUGUGUUUAGUCCCCUCACUCCAAAGAGCACUCCUCUGCAGUGAUUGAUUUGAAAAACCAGGGAUUUGGACAGCAAAUUAAAUCCUUUAUUUGUCCCGGCUCAGGGAAAUACAUCACUUUAUUGAUUGUCCUAUCCCGUGUUACUGUCUUUACAUGUCAAUUAUCUUGUCUUGUUUCUGCUCCUUGGUUGAUUGAACUGUAAGUUUGCCAUCUGAUAUUAUCCAGUCUAAUGCUUUUAAAUCUUGGCAACAUAUCUUUAAUCAGGCCCUCUGCUGUUCUUCUUCUUCUUGCAGCCUCACAAAUGCACAGAGAGAUGAGGUGAGGGACAAACAAUGAAUACCUUUUUCAGAUCUCCCCUUUUUGCUUUCUCAGGAAUUUCUUGAAUCUUGUCUUCUUUGAUCAACAUUAAAUGCUUUUUCUCAAUAAAAAUGAACUGAAAUGUUGGU